GGAUUUACAUACCUGGAUGAUUGAGCGUGCAUCAAGACACUCAGCAUGCCUUGGUUUCCUUAAAUGAUCAGGAUUUUUGCCAUAAAGAAGCAGCUCUGUGGGAGAUCCGCCUCUUACAACAGACUUUCCUUCUCAAAGUGACAUAAAGCUGCUUCUUACUGUUAAAAAUGAUGAGGCCAGUCCUGCCUGAACUAUGUGGCCAUUUUCUAGAGAAGUGUGGUUGUUGCUAAUAAUUCUUGUUUUCAAACACAGAUUUUGUGCUGCAAUCUCAAAAGUGCAGAAAAGACUGAUAUCAGACAGCGUGUUGUUUCAUUCUGACUGAUGCUUUUUAUCGCCGGCUGCUUUUGCCUUUUCAUGUAGACGGAAAUAUUUUCAAAACAAAAGCAGAAAAUCCGCAUUUUAAAAAUUGAUCAGAGCCUAAAUGAGGUCUUCUAACCAAGCUCGUGUCCAGUUCUGGUCACGUUCGGAUCCAAACAAACAAAAUGCUUGCGCUCAGUCCAGAAGCCAGCGGUUGGCUGUAAUUUGUGAAUUCGAUGAUCGAGGUUUGAAGAUUAAAGUGAAAUGAAAGGUUUUUUUUCUCUAACAUGCACGACUCAGACGGCGGGGCGCCUCGAUGCUGAUGUUGUUCUGUAGUAACCAGUCGUCCUGCGGCGUGUAACGCGCUCGUGUGCAUCGGGAUGCUGCAGUGAAGAUGGAGUGGUCUGAUGUGGGAGCAACAUGAAACAUCAGGCAGAAUAUUUUUAGGAGCUUCUUCCACACCUCCACCUCUCGUCUCUCCAUCUCUCUCUCUCUCUCCUCGAUCUCUCACUGACGGCUGCUCUCUUUUCUCCUCGCUCCUCUCUCUUCACAUUCAGCAGCUCUCAGCCUGCGAGGAAGAGGACGAGGAGGAGAGGAUGAGGCAGGAAAACAGAGUAGAGUAAAAUAGAGCAGAGCGGAGUGCAUGUGCGGCGGCUGUAUCGGCUCUUCUCUCUGGGAUUAUUCUGAACUUCUCGGGUUUGUUCCUCUUUUUCUGCAUGUCGGGAAGUUGUUGACGAGCUGAUGUAGGCGGGUGGAUGAAGAUGCUUUCCUCUCGCUCCACAGAGAUGUGAAGACACGUCACGGUGAAGCUCUUUGAUUCUUCUGUUUGUGGCGCGUAAAUCGAGAGAAUCCCUGCAGCCAUGUGCACUUCCAUCGGAGCGUCUGAAAGAUGGAGGCGACCUAAAGUGAUAAAUCACCCAGCAGAUACGAUGAGCUCUUCGAUCGAGGCGCAAUCACUCAACGAUUGUUAAUUCAGGGUUUUUCUUUAUUCCUUUAUUAAUGGUCUCCAGGCCAGUGCUGCAUCUUAACUUCUGUGACUUGUGUGGGAACCUUUAGGGUUAUUUAGGGAACAAGUAUUCCGUCCUUCUCCCGAGCUUUCAGCUGAAUCUGUGGAUAUUUAAACUUUCCAUCUGUCAGAGCUCCAUCAGGAUUUGUGAUCUAUUUCCAAACCCUCAGCUGAAGAGUGCGUUUGAGAAGGACUUCAUCAACGGAAGCCUCAACAUGUAAACAUAUAAAUCAACUAUUUAAACUGUUUAAGAGGAAUAUCUGUUUCUUAACAUCGGAGUUCACACAGGUUUUGUGCAGUGAAACGUAUGAAUGUGAAACGGCUUCCGGGUUCUUCACUUUUGUGGAUUUUCAGGAUCCUUCUGGUGUUUUUGUUUUCAAGCCUGUACGUGUGACCGUUAUGCACCGGCUGCUUCUCACAGCAGAUCUCUAACGUUUUGGUUCCUAAUCACCGAUCUGCCAUAAGGGAGAACAUUUUUCAUCCAGGCUCGGUCCCUCCGAGGCCCAUCAGGCGACAUGUCACCUGUUUUGGACUGAAGGGUCGUCAGCCUCAGACUCGGACAGCAGGAGCAGAUAUUUUGUUCCUCUGUGGCUUCCUCCUCCUGUCAGAGAGAUGGCGGCGGCUAUCGCCAGCUCCCUGAUCAGACAGAAGCGCCAGGCCCGCGAGUCCAACAGCGACAAAGUUGCCACUAACAAGCGACGCUCAAGUCCCAGUAAAGACCCGAGGUCUCUGUGUGAGCGACACAUCUUCAGUGUCUUCAGCAAAGUUCGCUUCUGCAGUGGAAAGAAAAGACCAGUACGCCGGAAACCAGAGCCGCAGCUGAAGGGCAUCGUGACGCGCCUCUUCAGCGAGCAGGGCUUCUUCCUGCAGAUGCAGCCCGAUGGAGCCAUCAGCGGGACCAAGGACGAGAACAGCGACUACACUCUGUUUAACCUGAUCCCAGUAGGUUUGAGGGUCGUGGCCAUCCAGGGAGUGAAGGCCGCGCUGUACGUGGCCAUGAACGAUGAGGCAUUCCUCUACACAUCUGAUGUGUUCACAUCAGAGUGCAAGUUCAAGGAGUCGGUCUUUGAAAACUACUACGUCAUCUACUCGUCCACCAUGUAUCGGCAGCACGAGUCAGGCCGGGCUUGGUUCCUGGGCCUGAAUAAGGAAGGAAUCAUCAUGAAGGGAAACCGAGUGAAGAAAACCAAACCGUGCUCACACUUUGUCCCUAGACCCAUCGAAGUCUGCAUGUAUAAGGAGCCGGUGCUGCACGAGCCCGAGGACAAGCUGCUGAAGUCCUCGAGGAGCCCCACGAUGAACAGCGAGGAGCGGGCGAGGAGCCUGGAGAGGCAGCGGCGAGCAGCGGAGUCCUCUACAGAACGAGAGGCGUCGUAGCCUGCAGCGCCACCCACAGGAGGAAGACGAGGCGAAGGUGGAGGAGGAGGAGAACUCCCAUUUUAACACUCCCUCUGUUCAGCAACAACUACAACCACACCGACGACGACAACAACCGCCAUAACAGCGACGGCGAAAACAAAGAAAAAAGAAGCUUAAAAAAGGGGAGGGGGGCGGUGGGGUCUUCGUGCUCGUUAUGAAAUAUUUUAAAUCAAAUGGGGGAGGGCGAGGGGGAGGGGCCUGUUUGGAAAUGGAAAAAAAAUCAAGACGUUGAUGAUGAUGAUUUACAUUUUAUGCAAAGAGCCCUGCUGAAAUGGCGCCGAGAGGCUAGCCCACCUACUCUUCAUCGCCACAUUGUAAUCAUCAUCAUCAUUUCUGUCAUGACGAUGACAAAAUGUUUUUGCGAGUCGAGCGAGCGCUGAGAACUCCAAAGCUUUAAGCCAUGUAGAAACUUCACUUCCUUUCAUUUCUUAAUGAAUGCAAAGACUUUCGCACUUUUGACACGCCGCGCUUCUUCUUCUUCUUCUUCUUCUUCUGCGUGAUGUUCUGUCCGGUUGGAAGGAAGACCUUUUCUGUUUCGUCUUUUUCAGCUGCCACAUCUUUACGAGCCUUUGUAGGUUUUUGUUGCAGACACUGCCGACUGAAGGAAGGAAGACGGCCGGGUCUCCAGCUCUGUGCCGAUCGAACCGCUUCCUGUGAGGGAGGUCAGUCGGGCGACCGGGUGACUGUAUGCCUGAGAGAAUCAGAACAGCGUACCGGUUUGGGUUCAGGUGGUGUUCAUGUGAACUCCACAUUCCUGCUUUUUAAAAUCACUCAGCAGUUUGUAGAUCGAGUUCCUGCUUUCGCUUCACGUUGAUGAAAACCGACUAAACUUCUUUAAACACAUCCAAACGUGAAGGACUGAGUUCUAAAAAGUUUGUUCGAGGCUCAGAGAAAGAGUUCGAUCUUUCAGCCCUAAGUGUUGUCUGCAGGCUUCGUCUCAGGCUGUGUUAACGGCUAUUGCAUCUGCAGAGCAGUCUGCUUUCCCUAACAUGGCUCGUGUGAGUUACUGUUAGAGAGGCCUGCAGUCUGUGAGGCAAAACCCCGGGCAGGAAAGGUCAAAGAGAGCCGUGAGCGCAGGUGAAGGUGGGGGUGUAAUUCUGACUGUGGGGAUUUUCAGACAUGAGGCUGGUCUGAAAGUCUGAAAGAGAUCAGCAGGAAUGUGAAGUCCACCAAUAAUUUAAUAAACUGAACGCAGCUCAGUCUCUCUGUGCUGCGUUCAAGGUCUGAUCACAUGACAAGAUUUUGGGUUUUGCGGCGUUACAAGAAAUAUUGCAUGAUGUACUUUCUGUGCGCCGCCCCCGCAGACAUGGAGAGAUUUAAAUGAUUUAUUGAGACACUAACAGCCGAGUUGUGUAACUCUGAUCCGGUCUGAACAGGACUGAAGCUGAACGACGAGCCGACCGUGACCUGCCCUGUGCAGUCGUGUUGCAGCUCUGCGUGAUGAGGAUUUAACGGGUUAAAACGCCGCAGCAUGCGCUCACUUUGUCUGUUAUUAACACGACUGUAUGUUUGGUUUUGAUGAGGACGGGCACACUGAGCUCUGAUUGGUUCAUUUUUUUUAUGUUGACUUGGCACGAUGUGUGUGCAACGGUUCAAGAGAGUGAAGAAAAUUUGAACUUUAAAUUUAACUUCAAGGAAAAGAUGAAAUAAUCAGUUACUGAUUAGUGAAUCAAAAGAUUCCAGAACAGGUUUUUUUGAACUCCCUCAUGAAUAUGAAUGUUUUUGGAUAAAGAGGCUGACGCUCCCGCUUUCACUCCCUCCACCGUGAUGCAUUCAGGUGUCAGCCGAUGGGGGCUUUGGAGCGUUUCUGACACUGCCCCGCUUUGUUUAGACAAAGAGCACUGCCCUGAAAACUGUUUUACUCCAACCUCGUCUGAACUUCACACAGCUGAAAGGAAUUUCCUGUCAUCUUUCAAAAUAAAAGUCAAGAGUUUAAGAAAGAGCAGACGUACAGCUCCCUGGGUGGAUGCUCAGGAUUGAAAGUUCCCUUUAUUGUGUCCACUGCGAGUACGUUUCUUCCUUGCAUUGCUCUGUAACGGUGAGAACUUUUCCUUUCCUCAGAGUAAAGUUUAGACGUUCAGCCUGAGUUGCUGCACUGCCCUCUCCAACCUCUCAGACUUUCCUUCUUCUCACUCAGACCCUUUACUUCUCUCCGACGUUACCGGCCGAGUUUCCCAAAAAGAAAACUGGGGAAAAAAAUUUAAACAAGUCUCCAUCAAACGCGUCCUUCCUCCUGCACACCUUCUAUCACUGCCUUCACCGUUCUCAGCGGGAGAAAAUCACCCGGACUGCAGCAUGUAUGGAAAGCCAUUAGUGCCAUUAGUGCUGUGAUCCUGUCUCUGCAGCUCAUACUGUGAUUCAGCCUCUGUCGUCACGCUGGCUCAGAACAAUUUUGAGAAACUUCUGUCAUCAUAAAAUCAUUUGUAAAGAUAUUUUUGAGUCAUGAAGAUCAGAGAUCGAAAACCUCGGCUCCUCCACUGCACUGUCCCUGGUUCCACAUCUACAUUGGACCAAGUCCCCAAAACAGUCCCGGCUGUUUCUUUGAUCCUGAUUCUGUUGCUGAUUAAAAUGAAGUUCUCAGAACCUGAACAAGCAGCUGCUCAUUUUAGAACCAGGCUGGGCUGGACUUACACCUUACACCAGUUUGUACCGUAAGAAGGAGCAGCAAGUCAGUGUAGUGGUAUUUAAGUAAGUUACUAAAAACACCUUAUAUGCCGAGUAAGAGAGGAACGUCUGUUGGCGUAAAGACUGUAGGGAUAAAAAAAAAAGAGCAACAGUUUAAAGAACAGUCACAUUUUAAAACAGUUAAAACAACAACUGCUGAUGAAAUUCUGCAUGUUUGUUACCAAAACAAGUCCCUUAACCCAGGUGUGUCCAACUCCAGUCCUCGAGAGCUACUGUCCUGCAGCUUUUAGAUGCAUCCCUACUCCAACACAGCUGAAUCAAAUGGUGGGAUUACCUCUUCAGCAUGCCAUCAAGUUUGGCAAAGGCCUGAUAACAAGCCAUUCAUUUCAUUCAGGUGAGUCGGAACAAGGAUGUGUCUAAAAGCUGCAGGUAGCUCUGGAGGACUAGAGCUGGACACCCCUGCUUUAAUCGAACGAGGAGCUCGGCCUGCAGAUGGACGAGAGUUUGAACUUUGAUGUGUUUGUUUUUGGGAAACUCGUCACCUCCCGCGGCCGACACCAACCUGCAGAUAUAACACUUAAACACACUCUGAGCUAAAUUCAGAUUGGUGAAGGUGGAGGGUGAAAGGAGGCGGGGUCAGGCAGGGCGUGGUUGGUGAAGUUGUAAAUGGAUAAAUGAACUGAAGGAUGGAAAUGAAUGAACCAGUCACAGUGUGCUGCGCUGCCUCUGAGAAUGUCUUCCAGUUUGGGGUUCUGGGUCGGACCGCGAGGACUGGAGCACGAGCGGCUCGGUCCGGCACGAACGCUCUCCUCUUAAUGUUUCUGUAAGCGUCAACACAACCAAACCACUCGACAGGAAUGUUGUACCGGGUGUCUUUUCUACCACAUCCUCUGCUUCAGGCUCAGCAGGAGAACCAGAACCGGUUUCAGUCUAACUGCCUUCAAGUUACAAGAUAAGUUCACCUCAAAAAUCAAGUGAGAGCCCGUUUGUACGGAGGAAGCAAAGUGCCAGUCACAUAACCAAAACAUACGUCAUAAAUCUCAGUUUAUUAUCUAAGUAAAUCAAAAAUCUAGAUAGAAAUGUUUUUAUUCCCGUUUUUAAAUAAUAUUGAUGUAGUGGCCGUCUUACUUUCUUCUUAUAGUUCUCUCUUUGUCUUAUAUUUAAAAUAACCACACUACAGACGGACAAGCGACUGUUGCUUUGUUAGCAACAACGACGGAAAAACCAUCAUGUGGCUCCGCCGUCCGCUUGUUUAUUUUCCACAUAAACCUUUCACAAUAAAGCUCAAGAUCCUUUUGAGACUUUUAAAAAUAAACUAAAAUCAUGAAAAUAUACAUUAUUCUUAAACAUCAAAUUUCAGAAUAUGCAUCAAACAAAUGACCUCAAAUGCAAACAUGAAGUAACUACAAAUGGCGCUUACAUUUGAGCUCGUAUGACAGCACGCUAGCACACGACAGCAAUGAAACAAAAGGUGAUGAAAAUAAAAUAAAUUCAACAUAGAGAGGAAAAAAAUCAGCAACAAGUUAAUAAUAAAUGUAAUAACUUUCACGGAUUUUAAAAAUAAAAAUAAUUUCUUUUUGUUGUUAACUUCAUAUAAUUUAAAUUAAAAAAUGUUGUUUUGAUUUAUUUACGUGUGACACCAGAUGAGAUUUGUCACCUUUCACAAACUCUUACAAACACCUGCGAAGAAAAGAUUUUAGUUGCGUAUCAAAUAUUUGAGAAUGUGAAAGUGUAAGAAAAACCAGAUGUGUGCGCUCGUUCGCCGCUUUAAACGUCCACAGUGUUUCUUUUGUCUCCGUGCUGCCUGUUGUCAUUUUGCUGAGACAUUCUUAACUCGAGUCUUCACAAGUUAGCAAAAAGUAAAUGCAGGGUUUCAGAUCCUUUAUUUCACAAGCACAAAAUCAGAGCGGGAACAUUUAACCAUCGUUGAUAAGACUCGCGGCGAUGGUAAUCUGCGUCACCUGAAGGCAGCAGGAGUUUGUAAACUGGUUCAUGAGAAGCAGAAAGUGUAGAAAGGACACUCUGCAGGGAAACUCUGUGUUUUGAAGCUUUCAGGGUUUGACUCUGAGGUCUCUAGAAAUUUGACAACGGCGGUUUUAAAGUUUCCUGCUUAUAAAACUGAAAUGCUCAGUUUUUAACUCAAAAACAGUGAGAUAUUGAACCUGUAGGGGGCACUGUCGUAUCACAAAAUGAUGAUGUCAUUACGAAGCGACGCAGGCCCAGGAGGAGGGUGAACGUCACCGAGUUGCAACGUGUUUGUCAAACCUGAAAUCACUUGCUCUUUCUUUGUGUUUGCUGAUGUUUGCACCUUUUUGGACGCACCUCCAUAUAAACGCAUCAUAUAUUAGAAAAAAAUCAUUGCAAAUACGCAGCAGGAUGAAAAAAGAGUACUGAAAAAUAAAAAAAACAUAUAAGAGCA